GCGUCAUUCAGUAUUAGUCGAGUGCUGCCCGGUUGCGAACGGUUGCGUGUCUUUCGCUUUUUUCCCCUUCUCGCGGCCAAGAGCACCACCGGCGUCCUCGUGCCUCGUCCUUUGCACUCUUUUAGACUCGUCACAUCUAGUCCGAUCUAGUCGUUAGCUUAGAUCUCAACGCAAUUGCGCUUACAAUAUCCUCUCUCCGCGCCUUCUACGAUCCUGUGAGGGCACCGAACCGCACGUGGAGCAGAAGAUGAAGACACCGACGAUUCGCGAGUACCAACGACCAUCCGCAGCGAAGAACGUUUUCUUUCGGUGAUGAUGAAUCAUGACACACGAUUGGGCGUCGACUGCCGCUGUGAAAACGGAAAAGAAGCGAAUUUGGUGGCGCAAGGCGGACAAGGCGAGCGAGUGAAGUAUUUGGAGAAUCGAGAGGCGAGCGACAGCUCGCGCCUGUUAUUUGUUGUCAGUCGUGUCGCGCGGAGGCGCGGUAUCGCGUCACUGCUUAUUUUGUACAGCUAACGAAAAUACGUAGGACGACCGUCGAGCCCGUUCGCUGUUGUGUCUGUAUACACGAUUAGAACUAUUCUCGGUGUCGCGACACUUUUCCCGCGUUAACAAGAGGAAAACAAAAAGAGAACGAGUAGGUUCUCUCAUAUAAUGUAACAACAUCUCUUCGUUCGGUUUGCCGAGAAUUAACGUUUGAGAGCUUGAGUAGCUUGUUGCUGUUGUAGAGCAACAUUCGAAGAAAGAGGAGCUCUCUUCUAUCCACCUUGACUCGAAUUCCUCGCGACGGAGUGAGAACCAAAGGACGACCUCUGUCUACCCCCGUUGGCUCUUUAAGAUCUUAGGUCAAGGUUUCCGGAGGAAAAAGCGACUCGUGCCAAACCGUUCGCUAACCACGCCAUGAUAUUCUUCGCGUCGGAACUUGGUGUUUGGGGAAGCUGCCGCUGGAGCAACGGCUCGAGCAACGUGUGAACUGUAACGAUGCAUAAACCUGAGCACAGUUUCGAGGUAUCGGAAGAAUCAAAGUGACUUGCUCGAUCGGCAACGGGACGAUGUGAAUCGGCCGGCGAGCCAACGACGUGAGUUCGAGAAAAGGAUCAGUAAAGCAACAAGAGAAGAGACGAGAAAAAUGGACUCUUGCUUCCCGCAUCUGGCGAUACUGAAUCCGCGAAACGCGAGCAAACCGAAAGCUCGGCUCAACGACGGAUGUAACGUCGUGAACGCCGAGGACGUCCGCACGCGAUCAAGGAGCCCGACGCUCGCGGGCAAAAACGAUAUCUUUCAGGAUCUGGAUUUGUAUUACGUACGACAGAUCGCGCGAAACUCUCAGGAAUACGAUCUGGAGCAAAAAAUCGAGGUGGAGAUCAAAAUGAGAGAAGGUUCGGCUAGACUUUUGGCGGCUGCGAAACAUCGCGCUCAGAGCUUGGAGGCUGCUAGAGCAUUGCUCACGUCCAACGAGAGAAUGUCGGUUUACAUGGCGGAGUUGCAAAGUCGUCGUCGAGAUCCCAUUAAAAAGCCGUGCAUUCCUGGAAGUAUGGGCAAGUUAUCGAUUUCAGAUCUUAGGAUACCGCUGAUGUGGAGAGAUUCUGAUCACUUCAAAAAUCGGGGUGAUCAUCGUCGAUUCGCUGUAUUCUGUUUGGCGCGAUUGGGCACAGAGAUCCACGAUACUUCCUUGUUGUGUCCUAUCGACAGAGCCCACACAGAUAUCAGUUUUCCCGAUGUUUUGAUAUUUAAUAAUGUACCGGCAGAGUUCGAACUGGUCUUAGAAAUUUACAGCCACGUUUUGCAAGAGGAUUUAAGUAUCGCCAGCACACCGAGAAGAAUCAAAAAGACGAUUCACUCGUCAAUCUCGAAAACUGUCGGCAAAAAGCUCGCCGCAUCGCUUCGUGACGAAUUCAGUUCCGGGAAGUCUGGGCCACACUUUGAUUUGGUUGCUCGUGCAAGGUUGACCUUAGACGACACGGACGAUAAUAUUCACACACACGAUCUCGUUAUUAACAACGUUGAAAAUAAAUAUCACUCUUUACCGCUUUUCGGUCACUUUUGUUGCCGAUUGGCGGCACAGCCGGAAUGCGUCAGUAAGGAGAUGUGCAUUGGCAACGUAACCGUAGACGGUCAAGAUUGUUGGGCACGCUUGCAGGGAUUCACCAUAAAAACAUGGGAGUCGAAAAAGCACGCGGAAGAAGCUCAGAAUCCGGAACGUGUGUUACUAAUUAAUAAGGAAACAUCCGUUCAAAUAGCCAAGACUUCCGCUAAAGAACUCUCGAUCAAUAAUCUUGGCAAUAAUAUGAGCAAAUUAUUGUCCAUUAAAUUUGAAUCUAAGGAGGAAGCUCAAAAGUGGUGCAAACUAUUAUCUGCCCACAUCAAUGAUCACUCGAGGUGGAAACGUGCCGCCGAAGUUAUACAAAGAGUAUCUAAUAUCGAAAGUACAAGGAACUCUUUUAUCAGCAAUAAAAGACAAGGAUCUUUAUAUGAUGAAACUCCUUUAAUUGAAUCAAUCCCAUCGGAUUAUACGUCCGCGAGAUCUACUGUACAAACAAUUUUUGAUCUCACACCUAGUACUAGUCUAAGCAGUUCUAGUUCUACGAAUAGUCUAACAAGUCUGCGUUCACGUUCGCUAAGUAUCGGCGGUGCGUUUAAACAAAGUGCCAUUGCCUUAAAGUCACAUUUAGCUCCCUCUAAUAAAAACGAAAUGUAAUCACUUUACGUUUCUUCCCAAGGAAAAUCCACCUGUCUGAUAUGUCCGAGCUAUCCCAUUGCCAAAACAAAUACGCUAGAAGUUUUUACUUCCUUUUCACGUGCUUGAAUAUUACACGAUAUACAUGUUUUAAUACGAUAUUAAAAUAGAAAAAUAUUUAAAUUGUAUAGUAAGAACAUACAAAUCGUAUGGAAGAAACAUGCAAAUAGUAUAAUAAAAACAUACAAAUUGUAAAAAUAUAUAAAUUGUGAUUUAUUUAGGUACUGUUCUUUAGUAUUAAUAUAAUGGUAUAGAAAUAUUUGUAAUUCGGUUAAAGAUAGUGCUGAUAAUAAUGGCGAUUGAUAACUUGGGACAUAAGAGAAGCUUGUUGGAUAGCGAUAUAUAGUACAAAAUAUUUCGCUUAAGUGAUUUCUCUCUCUCUUUUCUACUUUUAUAACGCAAAAUUAUUGCACUAGAAAAGAUGCAAGGGCAGCCUUGUCAUAACGCAUUUAUAAGUUUAUUGCAUUGUGGUAGGAAUAUUGCAAUAUUUAGGAUAGUUAAGGGUACACGUGUUUAUAUGCGAUAUAUAAAAUCCAAUGUAACAACUAUAAUAAUAUAUGAUUAUAUUGAUACAUAA